AUGAAUAAUAAAAAGAAAAUUGAACUUCAAGAUCUACUUGGUGCGAUCCAAGAAGAAACUGGUUUCAGUGGUUUAAAACAAAAAUUAGCCUCACUUGAAAGUGGUGGUAAUAAAGGAACGUACAAAGAUCCUUUGCCACCACCUUUGCCCAAACGACUUAAAGAUAGAUUAAAUCGACAAGCGGCUUAUGAGGAAACAAAAAAAGAGAUUUCAAAAUGGGAACCGAUUGUUAAACAAAAUCGCAUAGCAGAUCACUUGGUUUUUCCAAUAGAUGCCAUACCACAACAUCGUCCAACUAAUAGUCUAUUGGCCGGUACAUUCAAGCCUUCAACAAACUUAGAAAAAGAAGUAGAAUCUAUACUGGUGGAAAGUGGAUUGAAACAGGGAAAUGAAAAAGAACUUCAACAAUAUGAAAAACUCCAGUUAAACAAAUUAUCAAUAGAUGAAAUAAAAACUCGAACAAAGGAACUUCGUAGAAUGCGUGAAUUAAUGUUUCGAGAAGAAAUUAAAGCAAAAAGGAUUGCAAAAAUCAAGAGUAAAACAUAUAGAAAAAUUCGGAGAAAAGAAAAGAUUAAAUUAAAUCUUGACCAAUUAUCACAACUAGAUCCAGAGCUUGCAAGAGAAGAACGUAUAAAACUUGAUACAGCUAGAGCAAAAGAACGUAUGACCCUAAAACACAAGAAUACAACUAAAUGGGCUAAACAAUUAUUAAAAAAUGGACAUCAUGAUCCUGAAACAAUUAAAGAUGAUGCUUUUGAUGAACUAUCCCAAUUAGUAAAUGAUGAAGCUUUAAAAGAUGAAACAUCAUUAGGUAUAAUGGAAUCAAUUACUUUUGUUGGUAAUAAUAUGGGAAGAAUGAUAAUUGGUGCUGGAACAAAGAACCAAUUACUAAAAAAGCAAGAAAAUACUAAAGUUUUAUUUGAUCAAGGACCAACUAUAAAAAAAGUUGCUUUUGUCCAAUAUAACAAUAGAGAAAGAGAGAUGGAAAAAAAAUUAAUAAAAGAGAAGCUUUAUAGAAAGGCCCAGUAUAAGUAG